CAUUUUAAUAAUGCAAACUGAACCCAACUGGCAUUGCUUUUUUGCUAAUCCAUACAAUCAAUGGCGAUGUGUGUGUUUGUGAGUUUCGGUGAAGUGAACGAUGGCGUUGGGUUGGAGAAAUCGGUGCAAGUAGAACUUGUGCAAGUGAUUGGAUAACUGGGUUCGGUGCCGAAUCAAGCUCCGGUUGCUGGAUUCAUGUUGCAGCAAUGUUGUCGUAGCGUGAUGCGUGGUUUUGCCCAAGAUUCCGUUGCUUCAGUUGUUGCUGAGAAAUCGUUACAAAUUUGGGUGGAGAUGGUGACGAGGUCGUGGUGAUGUACAAAAUCGAUCGUUAUUCGUACGUGAUUGGGUUGAUGGGGGCGUGGAUCUGGAUCCCUGAAAAAAAACGAGUGAGGGGGAGGAAGAUGGCGGGUGAGAGGAACUGGGCUAGCAUGUGGGUAGCAGCUCUGCUGUUAGUGGGUGGCGUUGGAAGCGUGCUGGGUAACGAAGACGAUUGUGCUGUUGAGCUUUAUGACAAGAUAUUCCACCCGAGUCUGGCGCAGACGAAUACUCCAUAUGCACUCGUGGAGUUUUUCGCGUCUUGCCUAAAAGCGUUUUGAAAUCAUGUCUGUGUAGGUUACCGGAGUGCCAGCAGUUCAAGCCACAUUACGAGCGUGUGGCAUGCUUAUUUAAUGAUCCGACUGGAAUUCAUGAGGGUGAGGUGUACGUCACCAUGGUCAACUGCGCUCUAGAGUCUAACAAGGGCCUCUGCGAGCGCUUUGAUAUUCAAUCGUAUCCGACAUUAUAUUGGGGACCUCCUAGAGUCUUUGCGUCCGGCGAUGGGGGUUUUAAGCAAACGUUAGGACUGGAAUCUGUUGCUGGAGCGACUGUUAGCAGUGCUGAAAGUUUACUUGAAUGGAUAAACACGCGCAUUAAGAAAAAGUACUCACUGAAUGACGUAAGACCGGGAACUCCAAACACCGAAACUGAAAUAUCAAAGCAGGAGUUCUCGGAGGAGCUUGGCAUUUGGGAGGUCCAGCCACAAAACUACCACAUAGCCAUGAGAAUCAUCAAAAUUCCUGGAAUGCUGCAUGAUGUUGAAGAAGCCACCGCGUAUGCUUUUUCAUACAUGUUGGAUGAGAAGAUGCUACGGUCAUCCAGUCACUCCUCUUUUCUGGAUUUUUUGCAUCUCUUGGAAAUGCAUCAUCCCUCACACAGGUGUCGGAUUGGGAGUGCAAAAUUGCUGCAGGAUUCAACGAAAUGGUGGCCUGCCAGCCAGUUUCAACCUACAAAUGCAUUGAGGAAGCAACAGUUGUGCGGUCCAGGCAUACCUCGUCGCUUCUGGAAAGCUUGCGAUGGAAAAGGUCGCGGUUACAGCAGGACUCAUCAAACAGCAGGACAGAGUAUCGUAGUAAGAACGAAACAGUUUCUGGCGGUUACCUGUCAUUUCAAGCACAAAGCUCAUCUCAAGGCUCUUCGUUGGCUGCCCUCUCACUUAUCUAACUUUUCCCUUUGCAGCUGCGGAUUGUGGCUAUUGCUUCAUUCAUUGACAGUUCGAGUACAAGAAUUUGAGGCUACCUUUGCUAAGUUAGCAAUAGAAGCAUUUGUUGACGACUUCUACAAAUGUGAUCAUUGUCGUGAUCAUUUUCGAAAUGCAACCACCAGAAGUCAAGCUAGUUCACAAAUAAGUAAGAGGGACCUGGUCCUAUGGCUGUGGAGGAUCCACAAUAUGAUCACUGAGGUUGUUGCAUCAGAGGAACACAAAACGGAAGGAAAUUCGUCGAAGUUGUGGCCAGCAGAGAAUGACUGUCCCGCAUGCCGCGACAAAACCAGCAGCUUGACUUUCGACUGGGACGAGGAGGCUGUGUACUAUUACCUAAUGGACUUUUAUGGGCCUUCUCCUCAGAACCCUGGAAAUGGGAUGAAAGUACGCUCUGCAUAUGACUCAAGGCCCGUUGCGCCAUACUGGGCUGCUGUGGGUAUCGCUGUAGUUGGCAGUGGAUUCGCUUGUGCGACAUACUACUACUUGCGCACAUUCUCAUUACGAUCUAAGUACCUGCUUACUUGACUUUUACUAUCAUUUUUUCCGUCUUUACUUAGACUUCGACAAGAUUUUUUUCUUAUUCUUUUCACACAAGAAGAUGUGAAUCUAUUGCAAGUAAUAUUGUAGAGUGUAUUUUGGUGCA